AUGAUGACGUGCCGUCUGCUGUGCGCCCUGUUGGUGCUCGCCCUGUGCUGCUGCCCGUCAGUGGGCGCGACAGAUGCUAAUGAAGAUGAAGAAGGUUCCGAUCCAACGACGUCUUCGCCAGGGAAACAAGCUCAGGAAACGGAAUCGCCAAGUACAACUCCUUCUCCACCAGAGAAUAACGAAGAAUGGGGAGGGACGGGUCAGUCACAGGAAACGGAUACAAUAACCGGAAAACCACAGUCACAAAAUACUUCCAGUAAUACACAGGGUCAAGAUGGUGGUAAGUCUAAUGAACGGACAGAACAUACGAAUACCGUUACGGCAAAUGAACAAAAGAAGGCCGCCGCACCAACAACGACCACCACGAGUACAACACAGGCACCAACCACUACGACCACGACGACCACCCACGCGCCGUCACGUCUGCGCGAAAUGGACGGCAGCCUCAGCAGCUCUGCGUGGGUGUGUGCCCCGCUGCUGCUCGCCGUAUCCGCGCUGGCGUACACCACUGUGGGCUGA